CGGGGAGAAAUUGUUGUUUUGAUAUUAUUAUCGCACGGCUAUUCGUCGAGUCGAGAAGACCCGCUGGGUGGUCUGUGUCGACAUAUCGCUACCCUACCUGAAUCGUCGUCUGCAAGCUACUGCCACCACUAUUGAACUCUUCCUUCUCCUAUCUCUCGACCGUUGCCGCGCCCCUCCCGCCAGGACGCUCGUGUGCUUGACGCAACGAUCGCAAUCUGCCGGAGGAACUUGUAGCGUGGUGUGCCUGCUCCUGCCCCCGUCCGACCUAAACGAGAUGCCCGCGUCCGCAUAGUCCUUGCUCCAAGCCUCGAGCUUGGGGAGCAGCCGUCCACCGCGCAGCACAAGCGACGACACGCCGGCCACGCGAGAACGACGGUGUGAGGUGAUCCGGAGGCAUCACGCAGCCUCUCGCUCGAACAAGGAUGGAGAGCAGCCUCCCUGUGCUGAGCAGGGCCAGCUCGGCAGAAGAGAGCAACGGCUCCACGGAUGCAGACGGGCGAGUCCGCAAGUUCCAGCGAACCAGCGGGACCGAGCAUGCACGCCGGAAGUCGAGUGCGCCCAGCGUCACGUCUGCUCCUCGACCGCCCCAAGACACCAGCACCAAGACAAACUUCCGCGGGCGGCGACAGUCGGUGCGUGACCACAAAGUGCCGCUGGGCCCGCGCCCGUACGAGAAACAGAGAGUCACCAGCGAUGCUGGCAGUAUUGCGGCUCAUGGCCGCGCCUUUCCCCCCGCCAACGACGCGGCUUCCCGCUUCAGCUUCACGUCGCAGGCGCACCCGCCGGACGCGCCUGCCGAUGCGGGCGAGCGCUUCGACUUCAUUCCCGAGGUCACCUUUGACGACUUCGCGAACAGCCUCCAGUACGAGCCCGCCCUGAGCCACUUUCCGCAACCGCCCGAUUCAUCCACGCUUGCUUCGUCCCACAUGGCCGCCCCGUCGCAGCACCCAUUCACGUCCUCUGCCCUGGCGUCCUCCACACAACACGCACCCUCACCCUUUGCCAGCAGCACUGCCGAGACACGCCCGGCACGCAGCACCUCGCUAAUCCGCCGCUUCAGUCAGUCAAGAUCCAAGCCAGGCCCGCCCAAUGCCCCGGCGGAGCCCUCGUCGAUCCCGCCGCCCACCUCAAGCAUGUCGAUCCGCACGCGUCGCCAGAGCCAACUCCCCGCACAGCAACCGCCGAAUCCAGCGGCACGCGCGCCACGGAAGUCUGUAGGGCCGGGCAUGCUGCCGACACCCAGCCUGGACAGCCGACAGGAGGUGCCCCGUUUAGCCAGCCACGGCGACCAUGUGCAGACACGCAUGGGCCGCACUCCGUCGUUUGGGCAAGGCGGCAACCGUCGCGGCACGCUUCCGCCGGGUCUGAUUUUGGGUGCCGACACCACAAGAGUUCCAAGUGCAACACGCGCUGCAAAGGCGAAGUCUCUCCAUGUGGCCCCGCGCCAGCAGCCGACGUUGCUGCAUGCCCCCACCGUCUUUGACCCGUCACGUUCGCCAGCAAGGUCGACAGCACGUACUCAAACGCCCUCCUCUUCAUCAAGCAAACGGCAGUCGACAAUGCACCACGUUAGCGGACUGGGUGCCAGGACGAUAAGCCCCACAGACGCACGAAGGCUAAAGAGACUCUCCAUGAACCCCAAUCCAACUGGAGGUCCGGUCAGUCCCCCAACGCCUCAAGCCGAGUUUUCAUUUGACGAGCGGGCCUUCGAUCAAUCGCCUGCCAUGAUCUUCCGAAAGAGUGUUACGCCGUCAUCUGCAAGAGCUACGCCUGAUCAAAACCCGAAUCGCAAGUCGUACGCUUCGGGUAUCUCCAUCUCCUCAAACUCGAGCCUCAAUUCGUUGAGAGUCGGAAACACCACGCUGCAGCCUCGAAAUCCCGCGUUGGCUGGGUCUCGACUGCCCACCCCAAAACCCAGGAAUGUCCAUAGCUCGGCUGGUGCAGAGGAAGAGGAGGAGGUGCCACCGGUACCUGCCAUUCCCAAAGCUUACGAAUCGCCAAAGGAUCCAGAGAACAAGACUUUCUCAUUUUCGGCGUCAGCCUUGAAGUCGAGUGCUGCGCUGAGGCCUUCUCCAGAACGGACGACGUCUGAUGAUAUGGCUUCCAUUUCUUCUCUCCAUACACAGCCCAGAGCAAGCGAAUCUGCGAAGACAGACUCCGCAAAGAAAGAAAAAGCAACAAUCAGACACAGAAGGGGAUUGACUGUUGGCGCCGGUUCUGAUGCUGAGAAGAGCCCGUCGGUGCACCAAAGCAACAAGAAAAACUUGCAACCAAUUCGACUACCUCCUCUCAAUUUGUUACCUCUCGGCACGCCGUUCAACAACAGGAUCUCAUCAUUCCCGGCGCCUUCCGCAGAAGUGAAUGAUCGUAACACGACGCCACCUCCCAAAAGGUCAGCCAACAAAACACCGAGCACGCCGAUGACUGCAUCAAAGGCCAGUUUCUUCUCCCGAAACAACAACAUGGACAAGUAUGAUGGCGGCAAACAUCUUCGUAGCAGCAGUUCCGCCUUCAACCUAAAGUCUACUGAUGCUUCGCUACAUGGUGCUGCGGCUAUGCCUAUUCCGACUUUGAACCCUAAUCGCCAGAUAGCUACGCCUUUUUCUUCGAACUCCUUACCGAAGAAUAGUGGCGAUUACGCACUUCUGUACUCGAGACCUUCCGGAGAAUACAAGUUUACCGACACAGAUGCAGAGAUGCAAAGUAUGAAGGUGCAAGGUCCUCGUGCCCCUCAGAAGGAUACGGAUUCUGCAAAGACAUCGACCUCGACAGAGCCAGAAACCCCUUCUUCCGGAUCAUCAUUGAGGCGCAAGCUUAGUCUGAGCGGGUGGCGCCGUGGGUCAUCAAAAACAGCCGCCCAAGCUUCGCAAACCAGUCAACCGCGACAUGCGCCUCAAAAGAGCCAGGAGCCAGGUCCUCAACCCCCAAAACACGGCGAUAUGCCUCCACCGAAGCUUCCUGCCUCAGCAACUUGGAGCGGAGCCGUUGGCGCCAGUCCUACACCUGCUACACGUACUCGACCCUCGCUCGAUUUCGGACGUCGCAAGACCUCCACAAACACAACAGUCGCGAGCGACACUGAAGCUGAGAAGGCCCGAAAGGCGAGCUCGGGAACCCGCACAGCCUCAGGAUAUUCAGAGCAGCCAUAUGGACAGACUGCGCCAAAGUCUAACUCGAUGCUGACCCCUAUGCAAAGGAUGCUAGGAUCCAAGAGUUCGACCAACAUGCUGAAAGCUCGCAACUUGGAUACGAACCUAGACCGAGAUGACCUGGCUGCCGAUGAAGAAAUGAAGAAACUUGGGUCCAAACGCAAGGAUUUCGAGCAUGCGGCUCGCGACGUCGAUGAGCUCCGGAAGAGAGCGCGCCCUCAAGAGCGGGUCACUGCAGCGCAAGCACUCCAGAUGGUGAGCCUCAACAUCUUCGAGCGAGGCGAGAUCAUCGACUACAAGGAAAUAUACUUCUGCGGCACGAAGAGCGCGAAGAAGCACGUGGGCGAUUUGAAUGCUACCACCGCCAAUUUCGGGUACGAUGACGACCGGGGCGACUACAACAUUGUUCUGGGAGACCAUCUAGCCUAUCGCUACGAAGUUGUAGAUUUGCUCGGUAAGGGCAGCUUUGGGCAGGUUGUACGUUGCGUCGAUCACAAGACCGGUGCGCUUGUUGCCAUCAAAAUCAUCCGCAACAAGAAACGCUUCCAUCAACAGGCAUUGGUGGAGGUCAACAUCCUCCAGAAGUUGCGCGAAUGGGACCCCGACAACAAGCACAGCAUGAUCAACUUCACCCAAAGCUUCUACUUCCGUGGCCAUCUUUGCAUUUCAACCGAACUUCUCGGUAUGAACCUCUAUGAGUUCAUCAAAGCCCACGAGUUCAAGGGUUUCUCGCUACGGCUUAUUCGACGGUUCUGCAAGCAGAUGCUUGGCUCGCUAGUGAUGCUGAAGAGCAAGCGAGUAAUUCAUUGUGAUCUGAAACCAGAGAACAUUCUGCUUGCACAUCCACUUCAUUCAGAGAUCAAGGUCAUCGACUUUGGCUCCAGUUGUUUCGAGAACGAGAAGGUCUACACAUACAUCCAAUCACGAUUUUACCGGUCGCCUGAAGUCAUUCUGGGUAUGAGUUACGGGCUACCAAUCGACAUGUGGAGUCUGGGCUGCAUUCUGGCGGAGCUCCUUACAGGAUACCCAAUCUUCCCUGGAGAGAACGAACAGGAACAACUAGCCUGCAUUAUGGAGAUAUUCGGACCUCCAGAAAAGCAUUUAAUUGAGAAAAGCAGUAGGAAGAAGUUGUUCUUCGACUCAAUGGGCAAGCCGCGUGUCACAGUCUCUACGAAAGGCCGUCGACGCAGGCCAAGCUCAAAAACACUACAACAGGCCCUCAAAUGCGACGAUGAAGCUUUCCUUGACUUUAUCGCGCGAUGCCUUCGUUGGGAUCCAGACCGGCGCAUGAAGCCCGACGAAGCGAUGCUCCAUGAAUUUAUCACAGGCGUGAAGCGAGCUCCUCGGCCUCGCACAGCUAUCAAUGGAGCGGCAAGUGCAGCAUCACCUAUCAAGCGAGUAGCUUCAUCUCAGACGCCAUCGUCACGCGUACGACCUCUGCCUGAACCGCCAGCUACAAAUUUCAAGAACGGCACCGCCGCAGCGUCAGAUCGCCAGGUAUCAGCCAGCUCACCUGUUAAGACCGGGCCGAGCGGACCUAGGCGGCAAUCAACUGUCCCACCAGCGGGAGCAGGGAUCAAGAGAACCGUUAACGGAGCGCCCGCGCCUGCUACGAGCAGUCUCCCUCGGGUCGCUCAACGGAACGUGUCUGGAAAGUCAGACCUUGCUGCAGCUGCUGCUGCAGCAAGCCUGAAAAGCACUCGGUGACUGCCAGCAUCAUAACGAAAACGACUGCAUUUAUUUAGGAGUGAGGAUAUCAUGGGAUCGUGGGGUAAAUUUCGUAAUCAAUACUAUUCUUGGGGGUCGGUUUGUUUGCAACACAUCAGAUUCGCUUUUACGCACGGCGCUUAUACCCCGAAAACGUUCGUACUUUUUCUGCCGAACGCGCUAUUCACGGCAGCACAGGCAUUGGAUAGGUUGGAGGAUGGGUGCAUAGGGCGGGAUCUAGGACAAAUGUGCUGUGCUGCUUAGCACCCUGUUGUCGCGUGCAGGCGGACGCGAGCUAUUAGACAUCAACAAUGUGUUUUUGUACCUUAAUCAAGGACGAAAAUUCUCCUCUUUUCGUUUGCAGAACAGAGCUGCACGGUGGUGGGGAAGUGUUGUCGAAUAGACGGUAGCC